AUGAAGAAAAAGAAGGAAGAAAAAAUUGAACGAAAAUCAAAGUUUAACAACUUUCAGAUUACUUGGAAUGACUGCAACUCAGAAGGUGAAGUUGAAGAAAAAGAGGAAUCUGCCCAUAUGGCUUUCAUGGCUAUUGGUGUUGAUGAGAUAACUACUUGUAACUCUCAAUUUGAUAGUGAUGAUGAAUCUGAUGAUGAUAUUAAUUCAUUUAUGGAAAGACUUUGUGGUGAAGAUGAUGAUGCGGGUGUUCAAGAAGAACAAAAGAAACUCACUAUCAAUGACCAAGACAUUACUUCACCAGAAGAUGAUUCAAAGGAAGAUGAUUCUCAAGUUAGUCCAGCACUGGAAGACAAUGACAGGAAUAGAAGGUCUGUCAGUGCCGGACACACCACAAGGUUCAAGUUAAGGGAUGAAGAUAUUGAAAUUGUUGAGCCAUCCACCACUAAAUCUCCAAAGAGAGGAACAGAGAAACAUGGUGAAAAAGGGAAAGGUUCGGUCCAAAAGAAACAUUCAGAGGAGUGGCAGACUGCUGAGCAAACCGAGGAACAGCCCACUGCAUUGCCUCCAGUCAGUGACAGUGAAAAGGAACUGGAGCAGCCCAUUAAUGCUGAUGCAUCCGUCACGAAAUCGCCCAGAAAAAUGAUGGAAUCUCAUAGUAAAAAAGGAAAAAGGUCCGCUAAAAGUAAAGGGACUGCUCAAACUAAGGAAAGGCAAACUGCUGAUCCUUCUACUGAGCAAAAUGCUGAAAAUCAGCAAGCCCCUGAGUCAUCCACCAGAAAGUCACCACGAACAAGAUCUGGUGGACAGACUGAUGAACCUGCUGCUCAACGAAGUGCAAAGAAGAAACGAGUUGCCAGGGAGCAACCUGAGGCUCAAACUGCAAAGGAACCUACCUUUUACCCAAGUUCAUUGAUGAUGAUGUCAGGGAGAGGUUCGAAUGGAUCUCGCAGAAAGGUUUCAUCACUCAGAGGACUAUCAUCCCUCACGAAUUCCAGAACCUCAAACAACACAUCCUACUUUCUAGAAAAUGGUUUAAUGAUGACCAUAUCACCCGACCAACAAGUCACCUUCAUUGAUAAAAGGAACUUGCUUGUGCCUCCUAUUCCUCAAGACAAUGAGAAUGUUCAUCAGAAAGAGCCAAGAACUGAGCUAACUGAGCAAACUCUUCGUACUGAAACUACUCCAGAGGCUCGUGCUUCUAGUUCUCAGCCACAAGACAAAGGAAAGGCUCCAAUAACUAAAGAGGAAACUGAAGAGGAUGAUGAGGAAACUGAAGAGGAAGAAGUGGAUCCUGUUCAGUACUGCCUAGCAAGGAGAAGACUCGGAUAG